AUGGAGAUGGGCUUGUUAAUUCCACCUUUCUUCACGCCUGCGACUUUGUUCAUAGUCGAGGGCACCAACGUCGAGAACAUCAUCGCAGCCAUGCCACAUCCAUCCAUCGCAAAUGCCAGCGAAGCGCAUCGAUAUACCUACUCGCCGCCCAGUCGGCCCGGUACGACACAGUACUUUGAUGACAAGAACCGGAUAUUUACUGGACCAAGGACCGUUAUGAAUCUCUUGGCUACUGCUACUUCAUCCCUUGGUGCGAUACUACCGCUGGAUCUGCCGUUCAACAAUUCCGCUUACGCCGUCGGUUUCUAUGCUCCGGUAAUCAGAUGCAGCCAGGCCAAUGAGACCGAAGAACAUGCUAUCGACGCUUUCCUGCAAGAGGGAAUGGCGGCAGUGGAUGGCACACUUAUAGAGACGGAUAAUGCGUACUUCAGCUUCGUGCCAACUCAUAAUAGCACUGGAGGUCUCACAGCAGUUUCGCAUCCUCGUCAACACGUACCUUCGAAACCAAUGAACGAGCUUUGGAUGACGUUUCUGCGGCCUAUCAUCAACGACCAAGGCGAGCGGGUCAAAUUACGCCAGUACCAGAUCUGUCGACCACACAACGCGUCGUACAGUUUGCAGAUCUCGCAGUAUCAUGGGCUGCAGAACGUAUCCGGCAAAUACGAGGUCGGUGAAACGAUCUCGUUUCCAGACGAGGGACCUGAUGAGAUCUCCAACAUGACUCAACAUGCGUAUACAGCAUUCAUGUGGGUUAUGUGCGACCAACUGGUGGGCAAGCUAGCAUGGCUUAAGGACACGAGUAUCUCAGACAAGCAAGCGGCAGCUCAGUACGGUGUCAUCGACUCGCCUAUACAGCGUACUAGUCUACUGGGCUCUGCCGAUCUGGAUGCAUACUUUGAGUUUGACGAAGAGAAGGUGUUGUACAAAGGGCAGAAUAUGUCAACAGCCUUGAAGCUCAGUGAUCAGAGAUUACAGGACAAAGCGAUGGCGAGAAACCGGACACUGGACGUUCUUAUCGAAGAACUAAGUUUCAAUCUGACGGUCAGCAUGAUGCAUAACCGGUUACUGACGUAA